GGAGCAGAAGGGAGCCUGGAGAAAAGGCCGUCAUAUUCCCUCAGAAGAACCGCCAAAUCAGAGAGCAGAGAUGAGUUCAUUGGAGGAGCGCCUUCAACAGCAACUAAUCCCGUCAUAUUGAAAGAAAAUUGUAAAUGUUUCCCCCAGAAAUUGUCUGCACAUCGCAGCUAAUCGAACACACACUGACGAAUACAUACACACUCUCUUUUCAUACCAAAGGUGCCCGGACGCAGAGACCCGCUCCAGCGAGUGCGCGUGACACACAGGGGCACGCACACACACACGAACGCACACGCGCCAGCCUGCGGGUUGGCCAGAGCCUUGAAACUGCAGAUUCCACUCGGAGAUCGCCAGAGCCACCGAACUAAUUAGUAAUUAGUUGCCCCUACACUAAUAACUACUUCCCCAAUCACUUUAGUGAAGAAAUGAAUCCCGCCCAGCUCGUCAGUCCAGCCGGGUCUCCGUUCGGUCUUGCUCUCCAGACUCAUCUUCGUGAAAGCCAGAUCAAGGGAGAGAGCGAGCCGGCGCCCGGCCUCGGACUCUGAGCCGCGCGCGGGUAGCUCCGCGGCGGGUCAGCCCCGAACCCGUGAAGGGCUCCACGUUCCUGCCAGCCAGCCCACGCCAGGGAUACUGCAGCCCGAGGAGGCCACUGGAGCUAAUCCGGCGGCAGGUUUAAAUGUUUUUUGACUACUUGGCUACUGAUUAGAGAACACAAAAUGAAUAACUCAACAAACUCCUCUAACAAUGUGGCUCUGACCAGUCCUUAUAAGACAUUUGAAGUGGUUUUUAUUGUCCUUGUGGCUGGGUCCCUCAGUUUGGUGACCAUUAUUGGGAACAUCCUGGUCAUGGUCUCCAUUAAAGUCAAUCGCCACCUCCAGACCGUCAACAAUUACUUUUUGUUCAGCUUGGCCUGUGCUGACCUCAUCAUUGGUGUUUUCUCCAUGAACUUGUAUACCCUUUACACUGUGAUUGGCUACUGGCCUUUGGGACCUGUGGUGUGUGACCUUUGGCUUGCCCUGGACUACGUGGUCAGCAAUGCCUCAGUAAUGAAUCUGCUCAUCAUCAGCUUCGACAGAUACUUCUGCGUCACGAAACCACUCACUUAUCCCGUCAAGCGGACCACGAAAAUGGCAGGUAUGAUGAUCGCAGCUGCCUGGGUCCUCUCCUUUAUCCUCUGGGCUCCAGCCAUUCUCUUCUGGCAGUUCAUCGUAGGGGUGAGAACUGUGGAGGAUGGGGAAUGCUACAUUCAGUUUUUUUCCAACGCGGCUGUCACCUUUGGCACGGCCAUUGCAGCCUUCUAUUUGCCUGUGAUCAUCAUGACUGUGUUAUACUGGCACAUAUCCCGGGCCAGUAAGAGCAGGAUCAAGAAGGACAAGAAGGAGCCUGUGGCCAACCAAGAUCCAGUUUCUCCAAGUCUGGUUCAAGGAAGGAUAGUGAAGCCAAACAACAACAACAUGCCUGGAAGUGAUGAUGGCCUGGAGCACAACAAAAUCCAGAAUGGUAAAACUCCUAGAGAUGCUGCAACUGAAAACUGUGUCCAGGGGGAGGAGAAAGAGAGCUCCAAUGAUUCCACCUCAGUCAGUGCUGUUGCCUCUAAUAUGAGAGAUGAUGAAAUAACCCAGGACGAAAACACAGUUUCCACUUCUGUGGGCCAUUCCAAAGAUGAGAACUCAAAGCAAACAUGCAUCAAAAUUGUCACCAAGACCCCAAAAGGUGACUCAUGUACCCCAACUAAUACCACCGUGGAGCUAGUUGGUUCUUCAGGUCAGAAUGGAGAUGAAAAACAGAACAUCGUUGCUCGCAAGAUUGUGAAGAUGACUAAGCAGCCUGCCAAAAAGAAGCCUCCUCCUUCCCGGGAAAAGAAGGUGACCAGGACGAUCUUGGCUAUUCUGUUGGCUUUCAUCAUCACUUGGGCCCCAUACAAUGUCAUGGUGCUCAUUAACACCUUUUGCGCACCCUGCAUCCCCAACACAGUGUGGACAAUUGGUUAUUGGCUCUGUUACAUCAAUAGCACUAUCAACCCUGCCUGCUAUGCACUUUGUAAUGCCACCUUCAAGAAGACCUUUAAACACCUUCUCAUGUGUCAUUAUAAGAACAUAGGCGCUACAAGGUAAAUCAUCUUUGUAGAGAAGAAAGGUAGUCAAGGGGAGCCUCGUGAAAGGAAACAGAAUAAAAGAGCUCCUAGUUUUCAAAUCUCUGCCAUUGCACUUUAUAGUCUUAUCAUGGAAUGUGCAAUUAAGGAGCCCAACAGUGACACUCUUUGGUGCCUAUGCUCCAGUUUGAGAAACUUGUACCUUAUAAACCCUGUCAGUUGAGGAACAAUGAGACCAUAGAGGAGACAUGUUGGAAUUGUGGAUUUUAGAAGUGACCUAUGCUUUCUUGUACUCUCUUGAAGAAGGGCUUCUGAAUCUAUAAUUUUAUCUCUGCACAAAAAGAAUAAUAACCUCGCUGUGUUUUUUCAUUUUUGUGUUCCCAAGUGAAAGGCCACAGUUACAAACUAACGUGGAGACUUAAACAUAAAGAAAGCCAUUAUACAAUGGGGAAGUGAAGAAACAAGAUCAAAAACGGAUAUAGAAAUGGCCUCCAGAGUGUUAAACAUAUAUUAUUCUUUUGUUAUGAUUUUAUGUGGAGAAUUGCAACAUAAUAAAUGCUUACCUUUUUUAUCUUUCCCCUUUCCCAUCAUAAAAAGAGAGCAAACAAGCGAAAACUUAGCUAGAUUGCAUCAUUAUUUUUGUCAUAUGGCAUUGGAUUUUUUAUUGCCAUGUUUUACACUGUGUAAGUGAAAAAUCUGCAGGACUUUCACUAAAUACAGAGACAGUCACGAGAAAGGGUAUUUCAGCCCUGCCCACUGUGUCUUUUGCAUUCUUUUGGGGUAUAACACUGUGAGGAUUUAAUUCACUUAUGAUUGUUUAUGUGAAAUAUCUUUGCCAAUCUGGUUUUAUACUAAACAAGCCCCUUAUUUUAAUAGAAUAGCCUACCUAAUAUAUAAACAUGCUUAAGAAGCCAAAGUCAAUUUUUUUAAAUGAGGUUUCAUCAAAUUCAACAAUGGUCAUUUUUUUCUUUUCUUUUCUUUUUUUUUUUUUGGAGAAAGUUUACUGAGGCCAGGUGAAUUUUGAGAUAAGAAAAUAGAAGGUUGAAAGGGCAUCCUGUUUCAACCUGAUCUGCCUGACCUAUAUAUGACGUGCUAACUUGUAAAACAUGAACUCCUGGCCUUUGCAAGCAGGAAUAAGAUGCUGCUUUAUUCAUCUGGAAUCUUAAAUAGGAUUAAGUUAUUCACAUGACACCAAUGACUUUGGGGUCAAUCCCAAGAGAAUAAGACUUUCUCUUUAAUGCCUGCUAAAAGAUGAUAUUAAAUUUAUAGUCAAGUGAGAUUUAUUACUGUCUUAUGACCUGUGGAGGGAAAAAAAAUAGAGAACAUUUACUGAAACCACAUGUUUUGUAUUCCUCGAAUUGUCAAUUCCCCUUAAAGUUUUUUAACUUCAAAAUUCUGUUGAUAGAAGUAGUGAUCUUUAUGGAAGAAAUGUCAUGGAUAACUAAACAGGCCAAGCAAGCACAACAGAACCUGAGAGAGAGUAGGAGGCUGCACCUAUGCCCCUUCUCACCAUUUUUUAGUUCUAGACCACAGAAAAAUCGGAUCAGGAACAGUUAACCUGUCUGUGUAUGAUUUUUUAUUGUACCUAUACCACUUCUCACCAUUUUUAAAUUCUAGACCGUAGAAAAGUCAUAUCAGGAACAAUUACCCUUGUCUAUCUAAGAUAGACAUUUUUAUUGGGAUCCCAAAUAAAUAUACAAUUAUAUUGAUUCAAGCUUAGUUAUUUUUACCCCUCAACUUUUUUUCUUACAGUAUUUCCUAUGGUCUUCCAAUCAGAUUUUAUAAAGAUGGUCCAAUCAAUAGAAAUUAAAUUUAUAAAACCCAUUCAAAUUUCAUAUUUUGCAUUUUAGGUUUAUGGGCUCUAUGAUAUCUUGAUCAGUAGUAUCCAUGUGAGCUGCAUGAUGAAUUUGUCAGUAUUAGACUUUAGCACUUUAAUUAGAACUAUUUUGUGUGACUUGCCUCACUGAUGGCAUCUCAACAAUUUUGAGAGCUGAAAAAAAAAAAAGCACAAAACAAAUAACAAUGAAAAAGAACAAUUAGUAAGAAGCAAAGUGCCAAUAAUUUUUGUACAUAAGUUAUCCUUUUAAAAAUAACUUUCUGUUUCAAUAACUUCAGUCAUCCCUCCCAACCAAAUCUUCUAUUUAUAAACAUACAGCAUCAGUUAAUACUGGUGUCUUUAUUCUACCUUAAUAUAAACUUUUACAUUUUAAAUCCAUAUUUGUUUUUAUUUUGUUUCUUCAAGUAAAUGCAUCAAUUGAGGGGAAAGUACAUCAAGCAAUUGGGCUGUUUGGUUUCUUGUAUACAAAACAAUUGACUGGCUGAAUAGUUCACUUAUUAACUUGUGCUGUUACGAUAUAGAUUCAGCUUUAGUUGGGUUGAACUCUUUGGAUUCAAGGAUUGAGGAUUCUGGAUUUGGGUCUUUUUUUGUCUGCUCUAACAAUCCAACUCAUCAUGAAUCAAACUGCCUCUAACUCUCCAUUGCCAUUGCAUCUUUUCCUUUCUUCUGUUCUUGAUCUUCACCGUAUCUACCACAACCUCAUUGAAAAAGAAAUCACCAAAAAUUAAAGAAAGGAAUUGAACAUAGACUGAUACAUCAUGGAUGCUUUGUCAACUGGAAUCAGAAAAAGUGAAAAGAAUACUGAAAUAGUAGAUGAUUAGAAAGAUGUGGAGACUGUAUCCAGAGGCUUGCAUUAACUAUUUACUGGAUUUGUUUAUUUCAGUGGCUCCCAGCCAGGGACCAUUUUGCCUCCCAGGGGACAUUUAACAAUGUGUGGAAACGUUUUUGGUCGUCACAACUCAAGGGAGGGCUAUUGGCAUCUAGUCACUAGGCUCUGGGGAUGUUACUGAACAGCUUACAGUGCACAGUAUAGACCCCGCAACUAAGGAUUGUUUGGUUCAAAAUGUCAGCAGAGUCAAAGUUGAGAGAUCCUGUUUUAAGGGAUUCUAGAGCUUGCUUUAUAUAAGUGGGAAAAUAAUCCUGUAUCACUAUUAGGACAUCAAUGCAAAUUGUUCAUCUGUUUGAAAAAGGUAAUUUCACCAACCACGUACCAGACACACUGUCAUCCAUUGAGUCUGGUGUAUUUGUAAUUUACAGAUUGGAAGCACAGGACACAUCUGCAUAUCCCAAAUCACCAUACCAUGCACACAACACAUUGUUUCCAACAUUUUAAUGUCCAAUUAGGAUUGCACGGAGUCCAGUUAAUUGAAGCAGCUGGCUAUUAAAAUGGUUGCAAUUGAUAUGGUCACUUUCUAUUGGAGCUGCUGUUUUUCCUCUCAAAAACAUUAAGAGCCUCUUUCAAAAACAACAUGAUUCAUCUCCUUUGUCUUCACUGGAAAGGUAAAUAUCUGUCAAGAAUUUCUUCUUUCCUCAUAGCAAUAAUGUAAAUAUCCAAGAGUGGUCUUAUAAGAAGAGUUUAAGAAUGUGAAAAAGCCAGUUCAUUUCUUGAAAAAAGAAAUGAUUGCCUUUUUACCAGUUCAUCAUUAAUUUAGUGCCACCUCCCCAAGUGGUAGGACGAAGUCAUCAAUAUAGUAAGUCAUGUAGGAUAUGCUUUCUGGUGAAUGUCAAAGCUGGAGUUUCCACAUACUUCUGGCUCUUUGUCCAUUCACUGCUUUUUGACCCUAAAGAUAUGACAUUGGGGGAGAUGGGAAUUCAAAAUGAUGGCAACAUAUACUUAGAAAUGCAAUCUACUUUUAUUUUCUCCUACUAGUUCACAGGUAGUUGCCUUUUCCCCAGUUUGAUAGUAUCCCUUUCAACAACCACAGCACUGGUGUUGCAAAUAGAUUAGGGAAGCACCCAAAGCUGGAUGAAUUGUGCAAAGUGUAUUUUCAGCAUGUAUAUACAAUACCUUGCCUCUCAAAUAUGCUUCUCUUAAAAGGGUGCACGCUACAGCAUGAACUGUCUGCAUAUUUAAUGUAUCUUCCUGGAAUAUGCUGUACGCUUAAUAUACAUAUUCUAUAAAUAAAGUAAUAAAAUGUAUAAUAGAAAUAC